GGGCCCGGGCCACGCGAGCAACGCCGGGCCGCUAGCCGAGCCCGCCCGGGCCAGGCGGGCUCAGCUCACUAUACAAGGGUUCAGAUCUAACCCCAAAGAUCCUGAGAGUCACAUCCUGUUCUUCGACAUCGAGGGUCUGAUCGUGGAACUCCUCAGCGAGGAGUAUUCUGCCAUGAGUCCGGCCAGCUUAGAGGCUGCCGGUCUAAUCACGAGCGAGUACAUAAGGGUGGCAGCACUGACACAGUCUGCCAGUCCGGACGCAACCAAACGAAUAUCCGGUAUCCUGGCCAAGAUGAAGGAAGGCGCUGAGAACAUGCAGGUGAAGUUACAAGCGAAGGCUGAACAACUGAAAGGGGCUUCGGAGAAAGAUGAAGGCACCCCAGGCAAGAGGCAGAGACCCAAAGACAUCGCGAUGGCGGAGCCUCCGCACACGAUGGAGAUCGCCCAGAUCCUGAUCUCGUUGCUGCACGCGUGGGGACUGGAUCCGGAUCUGGACCGCGUGUGCGAGGCCAAGCUUGGCCUGCUGAGACCCAUGGUCCCAGUCUGCUUCGGCGUGGUAUCCCGCCACGGCCAUAUGGCGGUCCAGUUACCCACCCGCCUUGGGGGCUGGGCGGAGGCUUGCGACGCGGCGCCCCUCGACCCUCUCCUGGCCACCAGCGACUUGCCGCCUGAGCUGUUGAAGCAGGAGAAACUUACCAGGCUGUUCACCUCCAAACUCCACUGGGAGCUAAGCACGACCCUCACCACCAACCACUUGCUGUCCAUCGUGGCGUUAUCCAACACAUUGAUGUCGAUGAGCAACGCCAGUUUCGUUCCCGAGCAGGAGGUCGCUAGGAGGCUUCACAGACCCUCAACCCGUAGCAGCACAUCAUGGGCCGGCGACGAGGAGCGCGAGGAGCAACUGGCCGCCCAGCAAGCCCACAUCAAGCAGGGCUGGUCGCUGCUGGCCACGCUACACUGCGUGCUGUUACCGGACAAGGUGGUCGCUGCGGGUGCGAAGAGCUUCAAACGGCCGCAGGUGGAGAUGCUCGCCCGUAGAUGGCAGCACCACUGCCUUGAGGUCCGUGAGGCCUCGCAAGCGCUCCUGUUGGCUGAACUUGGCAG